AUGCCUAACACAAGACGUGAACGCGCAAUUGCCCUUCAUCCUGUUGAGAUUACCAAUCAGCAGCUUAUGGAAAUACUUUCUACUGUGAGAGCUGAUAUGUCUAUCAUAAAAGGACAGAUCGGCAAUGUUCAGCAAACUCUGACCAACAUGAAUGGCAGAAUUGGCAUUCUUGCCACCCCCAGCACCAACACCGUCACCAAUCUCACUGUUGCUGCACCUGUUGUCAUCUCUAACCAUGAGCCUACCCGUGAAGAAUCUAAUGCAGUUUAUCAGGCUCAUAUUCACAACCUUAUGUGGAAACCCAAGCUUAGCUUGAGAACGCCAGAAAAUAUCCUGGUCAACAACCUCAAGCCCAGAUGGGAUACAAAUGUUGCUUUCAACAAAUCUCCCAACAGGGAGAUAGCUGAGAGACUUCUUUCUAACCUUGAGCGCAGGUUUGGUUCCUCUAGUAUGAGACGGAGUAACCUCCAAAAGAGAUUGCACAUCAACUUCACUAGUAGAACCCAUCGUGAGAGAAUGUCUGAUGAUGAGAUAGCAGAAACAAACGCUCUUACACGAAGAGCAGCCCGUGCAGAUGAUAAUGAGUGUUGCCGUGUACUGGCAUACAAAGACAAUAAGGAGGCAAUUGAUCUUGUAAUGCUCAGAGACUGUGCCAACACUCUCCAAAAAGCAGUAAUGUCAGAUGGAGAGUCUGACAAUGAAAUGGACGAGGAUGGCAUAAAACAUGUCAUUCAUAUUGUACAACCAAGCUGGAGAAGUGAUGAGUGCAACCGUUUCAUUGCACUUGUUGACACUUAUGCUGUCCAGGCCAUAGGGUCAAGUGCUAAUAAAAGAAUCCGUAGGAUCACUACUAGUGUGUCCAACUCAGCAGUCCCAGAUAACAUUAGUCCCAAUUUUCCUCGGUGGGGUCUUAGAGAUGGGCUCUAA